AUGGGGCUGGACCAGAGUGGUGGCUAUAUGAGUGGAGAGAAGCCAACCACUUCAUUGCACAGAAAAGGGGACUUGGCUUCGGGGAGGAGUCUCAGGACCUACUCGAAAGACAGUGAAAGCAGCUGGUUCCGUUCCCUCUUUGUCCACAAAGUGGAUCCCCGGAAGGAUGCCCAUUCUACCCUCCUAUCAAAGAAGGAGACCAGCAACCUGUACAAGAUUCAGUUUCACAACGUGAAGCCUGAGUGUCUGGAUGCCUACAACAGCCUGACGGAAGCAGUACUCCCCAAGCUUCACCUGGACCCAGACUACCCUUGUGCCCUGGUAGGGAACUGGAAUACCUGGUAUGGGGAGCAAGACCAGGCAGUGCACUUAUGGCGAUUCUCAGGAGGCUAUCCUGCCCUCAUGGACUGCAUGAACAAACUCAAAGUGAACAAGGAGUACCUGGAAUUCCGGAAGGAGAGGAGUAAGAUGCUACUGUCCAGGAGAAACCAGCUGCUUCUGGAAUUCAGUUUCUGGAAUGAGCCCCUGCCUCGUGAAGGCCCCAACAUUUAUGAACUAAGGACUUACAAGCUGAAGCCAGGGACCAUGAUUGAGUGGGGAAACAACUGGGCCCGAGCAAUCAAGUACCGUCAGGAAAACCAGGAAGCUGUGGGUGGCUUUUUCUCCCAGAUUGGAGAGCUCUAUGUGGUCCACCAUCUCUGGGCCUAUAAAGACCUGCAGUCCCGGGAGGAGACCCGCAAUGCAGCCUGGAGGAAGAGGGGCUGGGAUGAGAAUGUAUAUUAUACAGUCCCUCUGGUACGGAACAUGGAGUCUCGUAUUAUGAUUCCCCUGAAGAUCUCACCCCUCCAGUGAGCCUGCGAACUCCUUCCUCAUCCCUGGAGGGAGCUAUUAGCCAGAAGAGCCCCUCCUUUUCUCCCCAUGUCCUCCCCUCUCCCUCUCCCCUGCUCUCCCCCUACCAUCCUCUCAGAUUUCAUAUCUCAUUCCUUCUUUGGGGUCUGGCAAGGCCCAGGGCCCUAAGGGAGUUAUUUAAGGCUGAAGUUAGCUGAAUCAGACCAAGACCUGGCUGCUUCUAAUUCUCACCCACCUCCUGCCCUUUCUCUUCUUCCUUUGGUUUCAGUCAGCAAGGUGACUCUGUGGAUAGAGCCUGGGGCUUAGAAUCAGGG